UAAUGAGCAAUGCAUUUAAGUCUGCUGCAGGAAACACAUUGUCCAAAAAUGAUAUGGGCUAAACUGGAUAAAGUUUUGCAGGAUCACAAAACCCAGCAUCUUUAAAGGGCAAACUUAUGAGUUUAGAGGUAAAUUGAUAUAUCAAAUUAAAGGAAACAAUAAAAGGAAUUUAAGAUGAAAUGAAUUUCCAUAAAAAGGAAGUCCAAAUUCUCAAAUCAGAAAAGGAUACUUUAGAGUCUGUUUUGAGUAUGAAAACAUAAGAUGUCAAAAAAACACUUACUAAUGAACUCAUGAGAAUAGAAGAGGAAAUGAAAAGGUAUUCUGUUUUAAUAUCAACUUUAGACAUUUUGCUCAUUAAAAGGCUGAGAAUUCAAGAUUACAGCAACAAAUUACUGCUUUGAAAGGUGAAAAGACUGCACUUUAAUAAUAAUUACUUGGUCUCCAAAGAAGAAUAGCUGAAUUAGAAUUAUAAGUAGGUUAAGAAUAAGGUUGAAU